UUUAUACACACACACACGAACAUUGGAAAUAUUCCAACAACAAAAACAAAAGGGAACAAGUGUUUCUAAUGUAAACACUUGGAGUAUUUCGGUUUAGAGUAAAUAUUCAAAUUUCAUUAAUCAUGGGACCUGAAAUGAGAAAAAAUGUUCUUCAGAUAAUUUAGUGCGAAUUUUGAAAUCGAAGUGAUUUGUGGGUUAAGUGAAGUAUUACUGUUUUUUCCAUUAAGUUAAAUAUGUUUUUAUUUAAUUCCAAAAUUUUAAGUGGAGUUUUAGCUGUUCUAACUCUAAUAAAUAUAUCAGCGGUGCAAUGUUCACCCAAACCGAAAUGGAAGUCGGGAAAAAAGGCGUUGGGAUCUUUUGCCGGUGGCUUAGCUGGCGGCAUGGCGGGUGUGGCGCUGGGCAGCUAUCUUGCCAAUCGCAACAAACCAGCCGAACCGCAAAAUGUUUAUGUGGCAAAUCCCCCAACAAUUAUUGAUAGACGUGAAACACUACCGAAUGGUUGUUACAAACAAGUCGUAAAGGAACCCAGCAGCCAUGAUCCACGGAUAUUUGUUGAGACCGAACAGCUGAUAUGUCCACCCGGUGUGCAGCAGCCAAUUGUCGUACAACAACCAACGAAUCAAGUAAUGCAACCCGUGCAACCAUUGGUCCCAACACCGGUACAAUCGAUACCCAUACCAACACUAUAUCAACCCGCUAUUGUGCAACAACCAGUAUUACCACCUGUACAACCCGUGAAUGCCCCCGCACCACCACCGGUUGUAGUUACACUUGUCAGCGUCAAUGACACAAAUCCACCUCCUAGCGUUAAUCAGCAACCGGCAACGAAUAUUUAUCCUUCUCUGAAUAUUGAUGCCAAUUCAAAUGUAACCCAUUUCAUGCCAGUUACAAACAUUGGUUAUGUAACACCUCCACCGAACAACAAUCCAGAGAUCGCCACCUCCACCCCUAGUGUUAUUUUACAAAAUGUCCUACCCCCUUCGAAUUUGAUUCCCGUCACUCCGGUGUAUUAUCAUCCGGUGGCAGAUGUUAAUCAAAACGUUGCAAAUAAUCAGCCGCCAUCGAACAGUGCCUCUUUGGCUCCAGUAAAUCCUGUCGUUCCUCAAACCAAUGUUGCUGCACCAUCACCCAUCGCCGUUUCAAAUCCACCCCAACAACCCGUAGGCGUUCAGCAACCUGCAACCGGAGGUUCACCCCAGGUUUAUGUGCUUUCCAAAAAAACCGGAAUCUAUGGCAAAGAGAAAAAGAACAGUGCCAACAAUGCAGCAGUUUCGGGAUAUUUGUUGGUGGCAUUGUUAGGGGUGUACUUGGGUUUAAAUUCAUUUUUUUAGAAAAGUAUUUGAAAUGUAUUUGAAAUAUAAAAUAAAUAUUUUAUGAAAUUUAAAUAACAAACAUUAACUCAAGAGUGGGAUAAUUAAAAAAUAUUUUUUUUUGAUUUAGCCAUUCCUAUUUUUUCUACGAAUCUUACUUUAUGUUUCUAUCAAACUUCCAUAUUGAAGUUGGAUACGACAAAAUUCGCUAUCCUCGAUUUCGUCCCCACCAAUGUUGAAUUGUUAAUUGUUGUUAUUUUUGUUAAAAAUGAAUUUUCAAAUAAAUAAACAUAAUUUGCUGUC